AGUUUUAAUAUUCAAACUUGGAAAGUGAAUAGCAAAUGGAUCUCUUAUCCGUGAGAAAUUCUGAACCUGACAAUGAAAGUUAUCAUUUAUUGAAUAUGAAAGGUUUGGCAGAAAAAGUUAAAAAGAUCGACAUAUCUAUCUUUGACCGCAGGAGCUUGUUAAAGCGUGUAAAACAUAGAUCUUGUCAUAAAAGAGCCGAGCCAGAGUCCGAAGAAAACCGCAAAAAGAGGUACAGGAAGGACUGCAAAGAGUAUAGAGAAAGGAAUCGUGAAUAUGCCACUUUCCAAAAACUAUUCUUCAAAAUAACAGCGAUUGAACGGAGAUUCAAGCAAUUUAUCGAGGAGAUGUCCGUGGAAACAGUGGAAGUGAAUAUUAGAUCCAUGAUCAAAGAGUGUGAAGACAUUUGUUCCAAGUACACAAAUAUCGAUGCGCCUCACAAAAUUCAUUGUGAAAUUCCACAUGUUGAUGAUUUUUUGGCAUGUUUCCAAGAAAAAGGCCAAGCCGCCAUGCUCGUCGACCACCAUACAGAGCCUUCCAAUUUUUACGCCCAAAAUCUGCUUAAACUACGCGAGCAAUAUCACAAGCUCACAAGCCAAAAGGACAAUAUGAAUUCUUCAAAGGAAAAAACCCGUUAUGCAUCGUCAAAGCUCGAGUUGAAUCGCAGAAUUGUACGGGAGCAAUUGAAAAGUGAUUGCUGGGUAUGUUGGCAGAGCAUUAAUACAAUGAUGGUCCAAGGAGAACAGCUUCAGGAGUACAUCAACGAACGGAAGAAAUAUAUUUGGAACAAAAUCGUAGCAAUCCAUCACCUGCUUUUCAUCACCUUUUCUCAACACGCAGCAGAUGCAGACAAGGAAAAAAUGAAAAGAAUUGUGGUAUACUUCGCGCCCGACUCACAAAUACCACGUCUACUUUCUGCUGCCUGGAUUUCGUUGUUGAAAAGUGCCGAUUUUCCUUGGACAGAAGAUAUUCCAGAAAUCGAGUUAGAUUGUGAAGACACUUCCUUGUCGUUUUCCUUCUUAACUAACAGAAAAACAACUAUCGCAAGUGAGAUGGAUGCAUCGAUUGAUCGACCGCAAAGUGUGGACAUGUUAACAACUUGUUCGCCAGAGUUCAAAGAAAAACUUCAAGUAGAGGAUGUGAAGGCUCUCACUACUCAUGCAACACCUACCGCCUUGCCGUCUCCAUAUAUCACACUGACACGUCAAACAGUUCCAGCUUCAACUCUAGAUCAAAAAGGAACAAAUGAUACCUUCAACUCUUCAAACAGAAAGCGUGCGGGAUUCUCUAUUGAUGAACUUCUGCGACCAGAUUCCACAAUACCCACACAAUCAACUCCAUCAACAAUACCGGCUUUCAUUUCUACAACUCCUUUGGCGAGCACAGUGCCUCCAACAAUGUCGUUCCCAAGUAUUCCACACAUUGCUACUUUGGGAAACGUUGCUCCAAUCAAUUCACUUACUUCGUCAUUGAGAGCAAUAGAUCACCAAAGAGAAAUUCCUGCCUCAACUUUAAAACGGAGAUCCGUUUCUGAUAGGAUGAACGGAUUGCCAUGCAAGCGUAGAAAUCUUCCAAAUAGUGUGCCAAUGUCAUCACAUGUAAAUGGCUCCACCAUGGAAGCUAAACCAUUAUUGUUUCCUGGUUGGAAUUUACACCCAGCUAUGGCACCUUCAUUUCCCACACAAUCAACUCCAUCAACAAUUCCAUCAUUCAUCCCUACAAUUCCUUCAACUACCCUAGUGCCUCGAAUAAUGUCGUUCCCAAAUAUCCACGGCACUAUUUCUCCUGGAAACAAUGCCCCAAUCAAUUCACGCGUUUCAUCUUUGAGAGCAAUGGAGCAGCAAAGAACAGUUUCUGCCUCCACUUUGAAACAGGAAGCCGUUUUUGAAAUGGUGAACGGAUUGUCAUAUCAGCGUGGAAAUCUUACGAGCAAUGGACCAAUUCCCACACAAUUCCGUGGCUCUAACAUGGAAGCUAAACAGUCACGGUUCCCUGUUUGGAAUCAACAUCCUGCGAUGCCACUCUCCUUACCCACACAAUCAACUCCACCAACGAUCCCAGCAUUCAUCCCUACGAUUCCUUCAACGAGCUCAAUGCCUGGAAUAAUUUCGUUCCCAAAUACUCGACACACUAUUGCUCCGGGAGACGUUGCUCCAGCCAAUUCACUCACUUUGUUUUUGAGAGCAAUAGAGCAGCAAAGAACCGUUCCUGCCUCAACUUUAAAACGGGAAGCCUGUUUUGAUAGGGUGGACGGUUUGUCAUACAAGCGUGGAAAUUUUACGAUCAAUGGACCACUGCCCACACAACUUCGUGGCUCUAACAUGGAAGCUAAACAGUCACGGUUCCCUGUUUGGAAUCAGCAUCCAACUAUGCCACUCUCCUUUACACCACAACCUGUUCCAUCAAUGAUUCCACCAGUGAUCACACCGAAUCCUUCAAUGAUCUCGAGGAGCACAAUGCCUCUAAUUAUGUCGUAUCCAAACAUUCUACCCACUGCUGCUCCAGGAGCCAUUGCUCAAAUCAAUUCACCAACCCCAUCAACUUUGGGGCAUAUCGAAAACCAUCAACUCAUGGCAGCGUUUUUGAAUAAUGUUUCUCAAGCGUGUCAGAAGUAUUAGAAGUAUUAUCAGAAUAAUUUAUUUCAAAUGUGUAUUGGAUUUUUAUUGUUGAAAAGUAGUUUUAUCUCAAUUUUUAAAUAAUUAGCUUUAGAUUAAUUAGUUCCCACUCGAAUUUCACAAAUAAACAUGUUCUUGUC